CAGAAGCAACUACUAGCAAAAAAUUUUCAACACUGUUUCUGGACCGAACAUUAAACUACGUUGUUCAUAUAGGUGAUAAAUAAAUAAACAAAAAAUGAUCGGAUUGAUAAAAAGACUGACUUGUAUUUUUAAUCAGAUAUUUCAAACGAGCAAGUUGCAUUUGUAUGUUCAUUUUUGGGUAAUCACCACCGCAUUACAAAAUCUACUCCUUAUGUAACAUGCCAAAUACCAAGUUUAAUGCAAUAUUUUGUACAAUCUGAACUUUACCAACAAACUUCCCUUCGAAUAUCCGAAAGAAUGAAGCUGUCGAUGGAUAGACAUUUUGGGAAUAUUUUGGAAAAUUAUUCUGAAAUCUUUUCAACAGAAGAAGAAUUUUAUCCAAAAGUAAAACCCAAAAUCAGGGAAUUUCUUACCGAGGGUUCUUUCGACAAGUUCUUUUUCAGUACUAUGGACGAUGCUAAUUUAGAUAAUAACAAUUUUGUGACUCUUCACAAACCCGGAUACUUGCUUUGUUUCAAAUACAUAUAUCUAGCUUAUGUUAAUAAGUUGAUAUCAAGCCACAUGGACAAGCAUUUUGGGCAUCAUUGGAGAGAAAUGAAUGUUGGAUACGUAUUAUUUAUUAAUCCGACAGUAGAAAAAACAUGCUUUUUCACCAGUAGAACAGAUUAUUUAUUGUAUGGAAGUUGUAUACUUGAUAAAGACGAUCGAAAGAAAAAAGGAAGGAUAUUAUGGAAUAUGGGUGGUAUUAUCACUAAAAUUCCAGAUGCUUCAUUUCCUGUAAAAUCAUUUUUUGCGUUGGUUUCUAUGGGUCAAACCGAAAUUUGCAUACAGUUGCAUCAAGUCGUCAAGCUUUCCUCGGAGAACGAGGAUGUAUCUACUAUUGUCAUUUGGAGGGAAUUGUGAUAAUUUGAGUAUAAAAAGGUAGAAAAUAAAAGAUAAAAAUAAACAAGUAAAGAAAUGAGACUC